GAAUACGUGCUGUUCUUUCUUCUUAGUUUAGCUUGUAGCGCAGCAAUCUAGAUAUGGCGGACGUCAAACCAGGAAGGAGGAGUCCUCAUAGUUCCAGACAAGGGAAGAGAUGUUAGUAUGCACCCACCAACCUCGACUGUGUAUGGUUGAUCAAAGAUGGGAGCUACCAGAUUCUCACACUCCAAACAUGUGCCACUGAGCAGAAGAAAGAGUCCUGAAAGCUCCAGGAGCAGGAGAGGAAAGAGAAGUGUUCCUCUCACUCCCUCCAAUGUGAUGAGAGAAGUGAGGGAGGUGGGGGAUUGGUGGGAGAAGUUUGGACUAGGGUACUAUCUCUACAUACCACGGUCAAAGAGAGAGGAGAUUAGACAGAAGUUCCCAGAUGAGAUGGAGCAGAAGAAACAGCUGAUUUCUUACUGGAUUAACACCGACCCACUGGCAAGCUGGAGGAGACUCAUUGUGGCACUAGAUCACAUGAAAGAAACCAAGAUGGCUGACUCCAUAAGAUCCUAUGCUGAACCUCUCACUGACGACAGUCUCACUACACACACACUGCUACCUGCUGUGUCCUCUGUGAGACACUUCUGGGGGGAGAGAUGGUGAUGUGGAUGUGUUGGGGCUGCUGCAGGUGCUUGGUGUCCCCUGGUCAGUGAUGGAUAAUAUGAGGGCCAGUCCGUCACACUCAACUGAAGAGGUGAAAAGGACGGCAGGUCUACAGUACUACCUCCAGACAGUACCUGGUGCAUCAUGGGAGGUUAUAGCUGGAGUAUUAUGGUCCAUGGAGGAGCACACAGCCCUGGAGGAAGUCAGGCAACAUCUACAACCUACAUGU